AUGGCCACGACAACCCUGCAGCCCACUGACAAGCGGGAUUUGUUGAAGCAACCGCUUCAUAACAUAUAUAUUCCCAUCAUGCUUAUUUUGGGGGGUACACUAAUCUUUGGAGUCCAGUACAUCCCAUACGCGGUGGCCUUCAUCGUGGUGGUUUGCUCAAUUCAAUUUGCCCGGGUGUGGGGAAAGCGGUCGCUGUUACACCCUAAAGUGUGGCGGGACUUUGAACUUAUCGACAAGACAAUUGUUUCGAGGAACUCCGCUAUCUACCGGUUCAAGUUGAGACGGGAUGAUGAGGUCCUUGACAUCCCCCCUGGCCACAACGUUGCGUGUUGCUUCGACAUUGAUGGUAAGGACGAAAUCCGCUACUACUCGCCCAUCUCGAAUGAGUUUGAUGCCGGUUUCUUCGAUAUUCUUGUUAAGCUGUACCCCAGAGGCUUGGUGCUGUCGCGAUUUGCUCAAUUGAAGGAAGGACAAACCGUCAAGUUUAGAGGUCCCGUGGGCAAGUUGGACUACGUUCCGAACAUGGCCAAACGCUUGGGUCUUGUCGCUGGUGGUUCUGGUAUCACCCCCAUUCUUCAAGUUCUCACCGCGAUCAUUACUAAUCCCAAAGACCACACUGACGUGGACUUGAUUUACGCCAACGACACGGAAAACGAUAUUUUGCUUAAAAACGAGAUCGACCAAAUCGCUGAACGCUGGCCUGGAGACAGAUUGCGGGUAUUCUACACCCUCACCAAACCUCCUGCUGAUUGGAAUGGCGGCGUUGGGUACGUGUCCAGAGACAUGAUGGAGGAACAUUUGCCUGCUGCUGAUGAUGAAAACCAAUUGUUCAUUUGUGGUCCCCCGGAAAUGAAGAAAUCGGUUAAGGAGUUCGCCCUGGAACUCGGGUGGAAUUCAAACAAUGUGUUCUGCUUCUGA